GGCUCCAAGGCCGAUCGCGAUUUUGUCCAGAUCAGGUAAGCUAGGGGGGCUGGGUGCGGUCCACUGGCAGGUCCAGGUAUAAAACGCCGGCCCCCCAACCCCCAGCACCAGUCUCUGAUCAACCACGGACUAAAAUCACUCACCAUGAACACUCUCGUCGUUCUGUCUGCCCUGCUGGCUUGCGCCGCCGCUGCCCCCGGCCCUCUGCUCGGCGCCCCCCUCCUGCCCAAGGUGAGAGUGGCCCCCGCUGAGGUGACCGUGGUCAAGCAGCAGGUGCCCGUCAUCCAGCACGAGUACGUGCAGCGCGACGUGCCCGUGCCCUACCCCGUCGUCAAACACGAGGUGGUCCAGCCUGCCCCCAUCCACGUCCCCGUCGCCCCCACCGUCUACGCCGCCGCCCCCGCCGUCGUCGCUGCCCCCGCUGCCUACGCCGCUUACGGCGCCUAUGCCGCCGCCCCUCUGGCCUACGCCAACAUUGCCAACCCCGCCGUUGUCAAAGUUUACUAAAUCAAGUCUGAGCAAUACAAAUAAAUUAUGAUGAAAGAAAAUUGAA